UUGAAAAAUAUACAUGCGAUAUCACCAGGAUCAAUGAUCUUGGCCAUCUUCUAUACACAUAAGCAUAUGCAGCUCCAGGGCUCAGGGCUGAAGGCCCCCCCGGUCUAAAUUCUUGAGAGGAUGAGUUCCAGCCCCGGCCCCUUUUUCACGAGGGACUGCCGGGCGGGAAGGCAUCCAAACGCCCACCCUCGCGGCCUCUUGCAUGUACCCGACAGAGGCCACGCCCCUGAGCUCGUUCAAGCACCGGCGGCCGGGCGUGGAAGGCUUCCGAAGGCGGCCAAGGUGGCAAGGCUUGACCCCCUUGCUGUGUUGCAUGUACCCCGCAGGCCUCAUGCGUGUGGGCUCCUCGCCGGGGGAGUUUCUUGGGGGGUGGAAGGCCUCUGAGACCGAUGGCAGCAGGUGGCAAGGCUUGGCCCCUUUCGCCGUGCUGCAUGUAUCCGACAGAACCCAGGCGGGCACGCCUUGCCCCCACUCCACAUCGCCUUUGGCCUUCAGCUCCGGGCGUUUGGUGGCGGCUGACGCUGCCGUAAAUUGUGGGGAUGAGGGCCAAAGGGACCAGGCCUCGCGACCGUGGCCGCCUUCGGAGGCUGCCCCCCCGAUUGAUAGGGCCGUGGGUGUCGGGACGCCUGUGGGGUACACGCGGAGAGCCGCCAGGGGCCUCCGGCUUCGAUUUUUGAGGCCUUCGCCCCCGUGAGUCCUUUCAUUCAUGUCACCACCGCGCGCGAAAAAAAGGGCGCGCGGACGCCAACGCCGCUCCAUCCACAGGGGGGGCCUCCCUCCUUGUUACCUAUAUAUCUAUAUAUGUGCAUAUAUCUGUACAAUUUCAAAGAAAAUCAAUUUCCGACCACGUAUUUACAGAUUUCUCGUUAG